AUGUCUGCAGAGCCGGAAAACGAAGGCGACGAGGCCACCUUUUUCUGGGCCGUGAGACCCUGGGCCACGAAGAACUUUGCAGCUGUCUGCGAAGGAAACAUCUUUUCCAUCCUCUUUCCGCUUGACUACAUCAUUCGCAGCUUCGAGUUUGCUCCCAUCGACGGCGCCGUGUGCCUCGACGCCCCAGCCUACCCACCGCAAUCUACCUACGCCGAGAGGCUCUUCUCCACACGGCUUCACACCCUACAGGAUCUUCCUCCUCGCUCCCGCCGCUUCGUGCAGUUUGACGUCAAGAGCACCACCGGACUGGAAGCAGGCGCGCAGCACAGCGUAACCGGGCUCAGACAGCACCUCCGGACUGCCUUUUACCUCGUCCUGUGCGCAAGCGACCCAGGCUUCAUCUCGCUGAUACCCAACGUGCCUGCUACACGUAGGUCACGCACCAACGAACACCACUUUGCCAUCAGCUCUACCAGGAGCCUACCCGUCCGGGGCGUGUCGUACGGGUACCUAGACCCCGAGCACGCCGCGCACCGCAUGCCCAUCGGUCUCCUAGCGACCGCCGUGCAGAGGGUGCGCGACUGCGCGCUCGAUAAGAAGGACUAUGUGAACCCUUGGACGGGGCUGGUGUACGCUGGAUGGGAGCCGGCCAUUACCGAGUCGCUCGACGACCUCUGGCCCCACGAAGACACGGAGCACUACAUGGCGUGCCUUGGUACGCUCACGCUGUGGCGCGAGUUGCGGUUGGCUCGCGAGGACGGUGGUGAGGAGGACGACGUGCGGUUCGACAUGGUGGGCCUCCAACCGCGCCUGGCCGACAUGAAAAUUUCCUUCCAGCAGCAGCAGUGGCUGGUGCAGUGCAAGAGCGACGUCAGACCACGCAGGCCAGGCCGGCUGGGCAAUGUCCCCAUCGCCCGCCCAGCCCAAGGAGGCUCGAACGGCGAGGCGCAAUGUUCCCUCAAGCACUACUUUGCCUCGCACGACCGGUUUGACUUUUUGCUGUACGACUUGCGCUUCGACGACGGCAAGAACCCUCCCGUGGUUGCCUUCUUCUUCCUCCCGGAACGCGUCCUGCCAGACGCCUUCUUCGCGACGUGCAAAGAUACGGAGGUCAGCUUCGACAGGGCCGACUUCCUCCCCUACUACAUGACGGUUGGGGAGAAUGGAGACUGGGGCAGACACAUCCUAGACAUCAUCGAGGCGAACCCGGAACCCCGGCGGCGGGCUGCUCGACCGUAUCGGGACUGCGUCCUGCAGCGACCGCUGACCCGCAAGAUCGUGGCCCGCCUGGAACGGCUGCAGCGUCCCCGGGUCGCCGGCCUGGCGCCCAAGCCGCCCGUUUCGAGCCUGGUCGUCAGCCACAGGAGGCUCUUUGCAGGCGUGCUGGACCAGUGCGCGAAAAGGCGCUCUGGCCUCCUCGUCGUGUUUGCGCACAACCACGCCGCCUGCGACUUUGGCUUCGCCCCGUAUGCCUGGACGGAUGCGGAUAGGGAGACGUACCUGGCGACAGGCAGGCCCCCUGCCGCCAUACACGACCUACCUGCCGCGAUGCCCAUGGUACCUGUCUACCUAUUUGCACGGGAUAUGGAGUGCGACUGGAGGGGGCCGUUACUUUCUGGCGCCGAGUUUCGUAGAGUCAACUCGUGGUCCCCGCCGCGCCUGCUGGUAUUUGAUGCCAUAGCUGCUGAUGAUGCGAGCUUUACCGGGCCACUAUUCGUAGUCCCUACUGCAGACCUCAGCUUCACUGCGCGACACCAACAGGAAUAUGCAAGGCAUGUCAAGGUAGAUAAGAAGAACGGUGAUCGCCAUGGGAGGGUGCCGCUGGUCCGGGAGCUACUCCACAGCGGACGCAACAUCGCCGACUACGUGCUACCCAAGCAUGGUCCUACCAUGUAUGAGGGAAGCGACGAUUGGGCUGAGCUAUGGACCCUGCUCACCAAGUUUACCGGUGUGGCGCCUUUCACGUAUCCCGGUACCUGUCCCCGUGUGCCGGCAGACUACCGCACCACCCUGCAGCAGCUCCAUGCACGGUGGUGGGAGGAGGCGCGCCGCCGCGCACAAGAUGCGGUCCCUCUUCCCGGACCGGAUGCCGUGCGACCCUCGAUGCCGUGA